AUUUUGUAGAACGCCAGAGCAGCUAAGUGCGUCAGUUGUGGAAAGACGUAGACGAGUUGAGUCCUGGUCUGCGGGGAGGUAGACGGCUCCGUCGCAGACUACGGACCUCUCUGGUCUCAGCUGCCAAAGAUCCUGUCCGGUAGAUGGGAGGGGGCCAGAAGAGCCGCGGAGAGAGUGCGGCUGCGCAGUUCCGGAGGCGUCUGUGGGCGUUGCGGUUGCUGCGGUCUGGGCCCAGGGAAGGAUCGUGUUGGGAGCCGAGUUUUAAUUUUGUCUGCAAGGGACCUGGCCUAAUAAGAGGCACUCUUGGCAAUCUUGUAUAUAACAUCACCGGGAAGUACUAGCCGGACAACAUGAGUGGCUGUCGAGUAUUCAUCGGGAGGCUAAAUCCAGCGGCCAGGGAGAAAGACGUGGAAAGGUUCUUCAAGGGGUAUGGACGAAUAAGAGACAUUGAUCUGAAAAGAGGCUUUGGUUUUGUGGAAUUUGAGGAUCCCCGGGAUGCAGAUGAUGCUGUAUAUGAACUUGAUGGAAAAGAACUCUGCAGUGAAAGGGUUACUAUUGAACAUGCUAGGGCUCGAUCUAGAGGUGGAAGAGGUAGAGGACGCUACUCUGACCGUUUUAGUAGUCGCAGACCUCGAAAUGAUAGACGAAAUGCUCCACCUGUAAGAACAGAAAAUCGACUUAUAGUUGAGAAUUUAUCUUCAAGAGUCAGCUGGCAGGAUCUCAAAGAUUUCAUGAGACAAGCUGGGGAAGUAACCUUUGCAGAUGCACAUCGACCUAAAUUAAAUGAAGGGGUGGUUGAGUUUGCCUCUUACGGUGAUUUAAAGAAUGCUAUUGAAAAACUUUCCGGAAAGGAAAUAAAUGGGAGAAAAAUUAAGUUAAUUGAAGGAAGCAAAAGGCACAGUAGGUCACGAAGCAGGUCUCGUUCCCGGACCAGGAGUUCCUCUAGGUCUCGUAGCCGAUCUCGUUCCCGGAGUCGCAAAUCUUACAGCCGGUCCAGGAGCCGGAGCAGGAGCAGGAGCAAGUCUCGUUCUGUUAGUAGGUCUCCUGCGCCUGAGAAGAGCCAGAAACGUGGUUCUUCAAGUAGAUCUAAGUCUCCAGCAUCUGUGGAUCGCCAGAGGUCCCGGUCCCGGUCCCGGUCCCGGUCGAGGUCCAGAUCAGUUGACAGUGGCAAUUAAACUGUAAAUAACUUGCCCUGGGGGCCUUUUUAAAAAAAAAAAUUCCCAAACCAUACUUGCUAAAAAUUCUGGUAAGUAUGUGCUUUUCUGUGGUGGGGGGAGAGGGGGAAUUUGGAGGGGGGAGUGGGUUGGGCUGGAUAUCUUUGUAGAUGUGGACCACCAAGGGGUUGUUGAAAACUAAUUGUAUUAAAUGUCUUUUGAUAAGCCUUCUGCUCACAUUUUUGUGAAUGUCUGAAGUAUAUAGUUUGUGUAUAUUGAUAGAGCUCUUUUAUAACUAAAGCAAAAUUUAAUUUUUUUGUACUAGAAAAAAUUUGAACAUUUUAGUUCCUGGUUAUUCAAAUAUGCUGAUUAAGAAUUAGUUUAAUGCCACAGUUAAACUAAUUGAUAGCUUUGGACACUUAAAAGAGCUCUAAAUUUGCUUGUACAUAAAAGGCUUAAUUUGAGUUUUCCUUGUUAGGGUUGGGUGUCCUCCCACCCGCCGUUUAACAGCUGCCUGGCAAAGACAUAAAAGCAGCUGUUAUUGAUAAUAAAAGAUUAUAAAACUG